CAGGGAAUUUGGUUCGGAUAAAUACCCUGCCAAAUUUGACUCGACAUUUGGCUCGGAUAACUAAUACAUAUAAACCGUAUCCAGUUUGGAACGGAUGUAUCUGUGCCAACAGUUUGGCACAGAACAUCCGAUCCAAAAUACGAUCCAAAACCGUAAAAAAACAGAAAUUUUGGCUUCUCGACAAUUUGAUCCAAAUGCCGUUCCAAAUUGGCACGGAUAUGAAUCCGAUCCAACAUCAUUUUGUACUUUCAGUGUUUGACUCAAAUAUAUCCGAGCCAAAACCAUCCCAACCUAACUCCGUGCCAACUGGGACGACCAUUUCCGUGCCAACAUGAACAUGCUGCAUUGAUGAAGGUCCGUGCCAAUAUCCGAGGCAAAAGAGUUGUGCCAUAAUCCGUGCCAAAGUUUUCAAUACAUUUUUUUUUGCUUUUGGCUUAAACGGGUUGUCUGUGCCAAAAUAUAACUGUUACGAUAUAUCCGUGUCAAAUUCUGAGCCAAAAGGUAACCGUUGUGUAUUCCGGGGAAGAUUUUCAAAUGGUUCGAUCGACGGAUUUUUCCGUGCCGAAAGCCGUGCCAAAAUAGAGCCGUUUUGUAUCCAAUUAUAUUUUCCGUGCCAAAAUCCGAGUCAAAUUACACCAUAAAUCCUUGCACAUUCUUAAGCAAAAAAUACAUCUUCUUUUAUGUAUACAUCUACAAUGCACUAUUCUUAGCGGUGAGUUUUGGAAACAAAGGAAUGUGGUCUCAUUAUGUGUUAGUUACGUGGAAUAUUUAUAUUUGGAUUUCUUAAAAGAAUUAUGUUCCGGUUAUAAGGACCGAUGAAUAGAGAAAGUAGAAGUUGGAUGUAUAGGCGACAUAAAGAAAAUGGUAGAGGAUUGACUAAAGAGUUUACUGAUGGAGUUGCUGAAUUUAUUAGUUUUGCACAAAGGCAAACACAACACGGAUGGAAAUAAAAUAAGAUGUCCGUGUGCAAAGUGUAAAAAUGUCAAGUUUCUUGAUCCUGAUAACGUGGAGUGGGAUUUAUAUACACACGGUUUUAUUGAUAACUAUUACAAUUGGACUUCUCAAGGAGAACCGAUUGAUACAUGUCUUUUGCCACAGAUCUUAGGCACAUCUAACUAUGUUCCUAACGAGAUGACUGGUUGGGGAAAUUAUGAAGAAAUGCCAUGGGAGCAGAAAAUGCUUUAUGAUUUCGUCGGCCCUACAACAUUUCAAAAUACCCAACCAGAUAAUGAUUUCACUUCACACAGUAAUGUGAAUGAGCAACCAAGUUCAUCUUAUUAUGAGGUAGAUGCGCUAGGCACUAGAUUUCAAGAAGUCCUCAAAAGCGCGGAUCAACCUCUGUAUUAUGAUUGUGAUGGUCAUUCGCAGUUAUCUGCGGUUUCUGAAUUUUUUAAUAUAAAGGCUGAAUAUAAUCUCUCAGAGAAUUGCAUGUCAAGGAUACUAGACUCUGUUGGCAGCAUGUUACCGCGUGAUCAUUGUCUACCCGAUACUUACUACAACAUGAAAAAUUUUGUCUCAGAGUUAGGUCUUCCCAUGAUUAAAAUUCACGCUUGCCCAAUGAGAUGCAUGUUAUUUUGGAAGAACGAUGAGGCAUUGACCCAUUGUAAGUUUUAUAAUGCGGAUAGGUACAAACCUAUAUCAGCCAUGACUCGGAAACCACGCAAAAGGUCUGCGUCAUCUAAGUUGAUAUAUCUUCCUUUAGCCCCACGGUUGCAAAGGUUGUAUGCCUCAAAUGCCACGGCUAAACACAUGAUGUGGCAUGUGGAACAUGAGACUGAAGAUGCGUUAAUGUGUCACUCAUCAGAUUCUGAGGCGUGGAAGCAUUUCGACCGGUGUUAUCCACAAUUUGCUUUUGAGCCACACAAUGUUCGACUUGGGUUAUGUGCUGAUGGCUUUGCCCCAUAUGGCCAAUUCGGGGGACAAUUCUCAUGUUGGCAAAUUAUCAUUACACCAUAUAAUCUCCCCCUGACAUGUGUAUGAAACAACAUUUUAUGUUUUUGUCAUUAAUGUGUCCAGGACCGGGUAAUCCAAAAAAGAGAAUUGAUGUAUACCUGCAGCCAUUGGUGGAAGAGCUCAGACAGUUAUGGGAUGUAGGUGUUCCCACAUAUGAUGUUUCCAAGAAUCAAAUAUUUAAUUUGAAAGCUGCAGUUAUGUGGACAAUUAGUGAUUUUCCAGCAUAUGGAAUGCUUUCUGGCUGGAGCACCGCCUAAUUUAUGGGGUGCCCUGUUUGUAUGGAGAAGUCAAAUGCAUUUUGGCUCAAGAAUAGCCGCAAGCCAUGUUACUUUGAUUGCCAUCGAAGAUUCCUUCCUCAGAACCAUCCAUAUCGAAAGGAUAAGAAAUCAUUUCUAAAGGGGCGCACUGAGCUUGAUCCACCACCAAUGAGGUUUAUAGGAUAUCAAAUUUAUGAUCGCGUGCGCUCCAUCGCUAUUGCCAUAGAUGAUCCUCUUUAGUAUCCAGAGGGAUAUCUGAUUCAUCAUAAAUGGACAAAAAAAAGUAUAUUUUGGAGUUUGCCGUAUUGGAAAGAUCUUCUUAUUAGGCAUAACUUGGAUGUCAUGCAUAUUGAAAAAAAUGUUUUUGAUAACAUAUUUAACACAGUGAUGAACUUUAAGGAAAAACCAAGGACGGCCUAUCUUCAAGAAAAGAUGUGGUAUUGUAUUGUGAUAGACCGGAAAUUGCAAUGAACCCAGAUUACGAAGGUCCCUUCAAGAAAGCAGUUUACCAGGUGACCGAUGAACAGAAACAGAAAAUAUUGGAGUGGCUUAUUCAGCUACGGUUUCCUGAUGGGUACACAUCCAACUUCCAUAGAUGUGUAGACUUAGAGAAGUUGUCAAUGAAGAGUAUGAAGAGCCAUGAUUGUCACGUCGUCAUGCAACGAUUACUUGUUGUUGCUAUGAGGGAAAAUGUUCCGGAUAAUGUAUCGGCGUGCAUUAGUGAUGUUUGUCAAUUGUUUCAUUUAAUAUGCUCGCCUGUAUUAAACCGAACUGCUUUGGAGGAAUUUCACCGUAAAGCUCCCACUAUUAUGUGUAAUCUAGAAAAGGUCUUUCCUCCAUCCGUUUUUGAUGUAAUGGAACAUUUACUAAUCCAUCUUCCAUUUGAAGCUAUGAAGGGAGGUCCUGCAUUUUAUCGAUGGAUGUACGGAUUUGUGAGUAUGCUUUUAUUAGGUUUUUACGGGAGUUAAAAAAAAGGUGACAAAUAAAGCACACGUGGGAGCUUCUAUCUGCCAAGCGUACAUCACAGAAGAGGUGUCUACAUUUUCCUCCUACUAUUUUGAAAGAGAAGUCAUGACUAAGCGAAAAAGAUCUGCCAGAAAUGACGAUAUUGAUCCGGGAUUGUAUGACCAAAUGAUUUCAAUCUUCAACUAUCCUGGGAAAGGUUAUGGUAGAAGAAUGCACCGUCAUGUAGUGGGAGAUGAGUUCCGCAUUGCACACACCUACAUUUUGAUGAACUGUCCAGAAGUUUUUCCCUUCUACAACUAUGAUAAUUAUAAAAUUACUUCAUCAUUUAUUUCUCAAUCUAACCUAAAUUUUGAUGAACAGUCAUCUUUCAUUGUACUAUAUAGUGAGUUUAGAGAAUGUUUACAAGAUUAUUCAAGUGAGGAGGUCGAUGCGAUGAUCGCGAGUGAUUUUGCAUCAUGGUUCAAGAGCGUGAUAUUAAGUGAUGAUAAAAAGGGUACUGUUGAUCCGUUUUUGGUUUCACUAGCAUGGGGGCCUUCAACAUUAGCACAGUGCUGGUCUAUAUACUAUGUGAAUGGUUACAAAUAUCAUACCCAUGCCUACGGAAACAAUAAACUCACAAUGAAUAGCGGAGUCAGUGUCCCGACCUGCAAUUAUGAUAAUUCAGAGUCUAAUUUUUUGGAUAUGUGGACGAGAUACUCGAGAUGAAGUUUCCAGGUCAAAAUGACUUAUCCAUUGUACUAUUCCGAUGCACUUGGGUUGAUCCUGUGAGGGGUGUGAUACAACAUUAAAAACAUAACUUAGUCGAUGUUAAUUAUACAUGAGUUUACAAGAAAAAUGAGCCAUUCAUUUUAGCUCAACAGGCUGUCCAAGUAUAUACUACAAAGAAAAAACCUUCUGCGUGGGUCAGCGCAUGCACAAUUAGACCGUGAAAAAUUGUUUCUCAUGCGAUACAUAAAAACGUUGAUAUUGAUGUUUAUCAACAAGAGUUUUUCCAACCUCCAGCUCCAGAAAUUUAUGCGGGACAUAUCGAUUUGGAAGAUCCAACUGGCGCAGAAAUAGACCCCGAUCCCAACGACGCAUUGACGAAAUAUCUCAGCAUGAAGAAGACGAUUGGAACUUUCAAUCGGGGGACACUGAUGAUGAAGAGUACAUGGACAAUCCUGACUCAGAUCCCGACUCAGAUGAAUGAACAUUAUUAUUGCCUUUUAAUCUGUAUUUUUAUUUAAUUUGUAGGUGUUGUUGUUGUUGUAUCCCAUUUUAAUUAUUCCCUUCAAACAAUAAA